AUGCCUACCCCUUCUUCUGAUUCUCCCAAAACCGACCCACCCACCUCAGGGUCCCCGAUCACUGGGCUCACUUCUACUUCCCCGGCUUGGAGUUUCCGUGGCACGCCUGAAUUCAAUUUCGAUUUUGAUGGAUUCUUGACCACAGAAUCGCCCUCUUUAUUGAAUGAGACUUGGUUCUCGGUGGAUAGAAAAAUGACUGCAAAGCCUGGUGCUCCUAGUAUGGGUGGAUUGGACGAUCAAGGAACGGGUUUGAAUUUGGGUUCCACUGGGUUGAAGGUCUUGGAAACCGACGAAAAGGUUGAGAAAGCGAUCAUUUUGAAGGAACCCAACUCGAAAAUAUGUGAGACUGCGUCAUUUACAGUUCAAGACCGAUCAAGAACGGAUUCGUCGAGUUCUGGGUCGAAGGAAAAAGCAGUCUUGUUUGAUAGUUCGGGACGUGAGGGAGAUGAUCGGCCCAAACGCUUCUUGAAUUGGCAGUCAGAAAAGAAUUUACUGAAGAGAGCGUUGGAUUCUGUGAAUCAUGAAGACGAUAAGACUGGGAAGGAUGGGCCCAGCGAAGAGAAUAGUAGUGCUAAACGCACUAGAAAAGAAUGCGCAUUGAAUUUGGACUUGGAAAAUGAAACACAAAAUACUACUAUUCACACAGUAAAAAAAGAGUUUAUGAAUUCGGCUGAUUGUUUACCAUUGGAUUCUGAUGGAGUUGAUGAAAGUGGUAUGGGAGAGUUGCGUGGUGACAACGAAAAGGGCAUUGUUACUGCAAGUAUGAAUGAAGCACCCAAUUGGGAUGAUAAUGGUGAUGGUGUUCAAAGGAGAUUCAGCAGAGAAGAGAAAGGGAAGGGAGUAUUGGACAAUGGCGAUUUAUUCCGCAACGUUUUUCAUGAAUAUGUUCAUGCUUCUACCAAGGCUAAUAUUGAAAAUGAAAUUGAAGAAUGGUCUGGUCCUUUCUCCACAGCCACGAAAACAAUUAGAAAUCGAGGAAUGAAAAGUAGGCAAAUGAGCUGCAACUCUUCAGAAAAUUUACCUGCAUCCAUUAAUUGGGCUCCUAGGAGUAAUCAAGAGCAAAUACGUGCUAGAGUCUCGGCUCCCUCGCUGCAAGAACUAUGCCUUGAUUUACUUGCCAAGAAUGCUGAUGCAAUUGUUUCUCUUGAAAACGUCCCAGAUGCUCUGAAGCACCAACUUUGUCAGUUGGUCUGUGAUUCUCGAAAAAUGAACAGUCGCUUUUUGGAACUUCUUCUUACUGGAUCCCCCACAGAGAUUCGACUAAGUGAUUGCUCAUGGAUGACUGAGGAACAGUUUAUAAAAGCUUUUCAAUCAUGUGACACUGCUAAUCUGGUGGUGUUGCAACUUGAUCAGUGUGGCCGCUGCACCCCAGAUCACGUGGUACUUGCUACUUUAGCACGAUCACCAAACCAGUUACCUAGACUAACUAGUCUGUCCCUCAGCGGUGCAUGCCGUCUUUCAGACAAGGGGUUGCAUAGUCUAGUUUCUUCCACUCCGGCUCUUAGAUCGAUAAAUCUUAGCCAAUGCUCCCUUCUCACAUCUCUCAGUGUAUUUGUUUUGGCUAAUUCAUUAAGAUCACUUCUUAAAGAGUUGUAUCUUGAUGAUUGCCCCAACAUUAAUGCUGCACUAAUUGGGCCAGAACUGCAGAACUUUGAACAUUUAGAAGUCUUGUCAGUGGCAGGCAUCCAAACUGUUUCUGAUGAUUUUAUCAAGAAUUUUGUGACUGAACGCGGUCAUAAUUUGAAGGAACUUGUCUUGAAGGAUUGUGAAAAAUUGACCGAUUCAUCAGUUAAAAUUAUUGCUCAAUUCUGUCCUGGAUUAUGCUCACUUGAUCUCAUGAACUUGUGCAAAUUAACGGAUUCAUCCAUUGGAUAUCUUGCAAAUGGGUGCCGAGCGCUUCAUACACUGAGACUCCGCCGCAAUCAAUUCAGUGAUGAAGCCAUUGCGGCUUUUCUGGAGACCACGGGAGUGUGCUUGAAAGAACUUUCACUCAAUAACGUGAAAAAGGUUGGCCAUGACACAGCCUUGUCCCUUGGCAGCCGUGCAAGAAAUUUGCAUACUCUGGACCUAUCAUGGUGCAGAAAUUUCACAGAUGCUCAUUUGGGCUUCAUCGUCGAUAACUGCUUGUCGCUGAGACUGCUUAAAGUAUUUGGAUGUACCCAGAUAACAGAAAAUUUUCUGUUUGGCCACUCAAAUCGGGAGGUUAAGAUCAUUGGUUGCGUUAUGUCUCCUUUACUGCAACAUGUCAUAGUGGCUGAUCCUGAACGGCAGGGUGCUUUGCGUUAUUCUCCAGCCACUUGAUGAAAAAUAGGAGUGGCCUGUGACAUAACCAGAACUACAAACUUGAACUCGCACAGUAAAAACUCUUCAUUACCGUGGCUCUAACUGAAGAGUUCUCCUUGACUUAUAGGUUGUCCUUUCUGGUUCCUCCCUUGUGUAAAUGCUUCUCCAUGAUUGACUCUGUCACUCUAUUGUUCUAUUUGCAGGAGUAGAUUUUGCCUUUUAGGCUUUUACAUAAAUUUUAUUUGGUCCCAGCCCAGUCAAUUGUAUAAACUAAUUAUCUUUCUCUCUCUGGAAAGUAUCAUAAUCUGCCAGUGAUUCUUCAUAUUCA